CGGAGCGCGGCGGCGGGAGGCAGGUGCACGGCACCCGCCAGUGGGGGUGCCUCAACUUCCGCGGGCGUUUAAAUAGCAGCCUCUCUCCCCUCCCACCGGCUGCCUGCUGUUUCCCGGGGAGAUCAUGAAACGAGGUCGCCUUCCCAGCAGCAGUGAGGAUUCUGACGACAAUGGCAGCCUGUCCACCACUUGGUCUCAGAAUUCCCGGUCCCAGCACAGGAGAGGUUCCUGCUCCAGACAUGAAGAUCGGAAGCCUUCCGAGGUGUUUAGGACAGACCUGAUCACCGCCAUGAAGCUACAUGACUCCUACCAGCUGAACCCCGAUGAGUACUACGUGUUGGCAGAUCCCUGGAGACAGGAGUGGGAGAAGGGGGUGCAGGUGCCAGUCAGCCCUGGGACCAUCCCUCAGCCUGUGGCCAGGGUCGUGUCGGAAGAGAAGUCACUCAUGUUCAUCAGGCCCAAGAAAUACAUCGUCUCUUCAGGCUCCGAGCCCCCGGAGCUGGGCUACGUGGACAUCCGUGCGCUGGCCGAUGGCGUGUGUCGGUACGACCUCAAUGACAUGGACGCGGCAUGGCUGGAGCUGACCAACGAGGAGUUCAAGGAGAUGGGCAUGCCGGAGCUGGACGAGGGCACCAUGGAGAGGGUCCUGGAGGAGUUUGAGCAGCGCUGCUCCGACAACAUGAACCACGCCAUCGAGACGGAAGAGGGCCUGGGCAUCGAGUACGACGAGGACGUCGUGUGUGACGUCUGCCAGUCGCCCGACGGUGAGGACGGCAACGAGAUGGUGUUCUGUGACAAAUGCAACAUCUGCGUGCACCAGGCCUGCUAUGGAAUCCUCAAGGUCCCUGAGGGCAGCUGGCUGUGCCGGACGUGUGCCCUGGGGGUGCAGCCCAAGUGCUUGCUGUGCCCCAAGAAAGGCGGAGCCAUGAAGCCCACCCGCAGCGGGACCAAGUGGGUCCACGUCAGCUGUGCUCUGUGGAUCCCCGAGGUGAGCAUUGGCAGCCCCGAGAAGAUGGAGCCCAUCACGAAGGUGUCUCACAUCCCCAGCAGUCGGUGGGCGCUGGUGUGCAGCCUCUGCAACGAGAAGUUUGGGGCCUCCAUACAGUGCUCCGUGAAGAACUGCCGAACGGCCUUCCACGUGACCUGCGCUUUCGACCGGGGCCUGGAGAUGAAGACCAUCUUGGCGGAGAACGAUGAGGUCAAGUUCAAGUCCUACUGCCCGAAGCACAGCUCCCACAGGAAAGCCGAGGGGAGCCUCGCGGCGGGGGCCGCUCAGGAGAACGGGGGGCCCGAGUGCUCCCCCCGGAGCCCGCUGGAGCCCUUCGCCAGCCUGGAGCAGAAGCAGGAGGAGGCCCACCGGGUGAGUGUCCGGAAGCAGAAGCUGCAGCAGCUGGAAGACGCCUUCUACACCUUCGUCAACCUGCUGGACGUCGCCAGGGCCCUGCGGCUGCCCGAGGAAGUGGUGGACUUCCUGUACCAGUACUGGAAGCUGAAGAGGAAGGUCAACUUCAACAAGCCCCUCAUCACCCCAAAGAGAGACGAAGAGGACAAUCUAGCGAAGCGGGAGCAGGAUGUCUUGUUUAGGAGGCUGCAGCUGUUCACGCACCUGCGGCAGGACCUGGAGAGGGUAAUGAUUGACACUGACACCUUGUAGUGACUUAGAGAAGAGGACUGCUCAGAGGCCACGCUUGCGCAGAGCCAGCGUGGCGGCCGGUCGCUCGCUCAGACCCCGCACACACUGCAGCAUGAGGGUGUGUCCGUUUAGUGUCCCUGGGCUGGGAAGCUCACACAGGGGCUUCUCUGUGACUUACUUUUAAAUAUUUCCCCAUUAAUCCUUAUUGUUCUUCUGCAAGAUCAAAUGGGGUGUGUUUUCCCUCCAUUCUAGAGUUAGAAAGAUCUGAGCCCCAGGAAAAUGACCAAGGGAUUGGCCCAGAAUUGUUUGCAAACGGUUAGAAAACAAGUUAGAACGGACUUGCCUAACGGUGGGGCGGGCAGGGGGCUAAGAUCUCUCGUUCAGCCUGGGACACACCGGGUGCUGGUCAGGGUGGCUCUGAGGAGCGUGGGGCGCUGCCUCUGCCCCCUAUUCCUGGCUGGCUCGUGGGCGUCCUGUGCCGAGGGGCAGGGCAGGUUGUGGGUGCUGGUGCGUGUGCGAGCACUGACACACGCGCGUCUGCCACAGGUCCUCCUGGCAAUGAGGUGCUAUGUCAUCCCUGAGGCUGUGUGUCUCUAUCACGUGUGCAUGUGUGUCUGUGUCCCGUGUGUCUGUGGUGUGUCAUGUGUGGUUGUGGGGGUCCCGUCCUGCUCAGCACGCACAGGAUCACUGCGCAUUGCUGUGUGAGGCGGCUGUGUGCUGCCUGGGGCCACUGCCGCUUCCUUCAGCUGUUGCUGCUUUGUGCCUCCACCCGUGACCUGGGGAGUCCCAGGUGGACUUCCCUUCCUGCACAGGUAUAAUUAGGAGAGGCUGUCCCCCCAGGGCCUCCUGCUCCCGGUAGGUAGUUUCUGACUGAGGCUUGCUAAUUGGAGAUGCGUCUUAGAGCACCUUCUGUGGCAGCUCCCGACUGAUUAAAUUCAUUAGCACACAGCUGGACCCGGCUGGACUCGGCUUCUGGCCUGAAACAGUUAACGCACCUCCCUGAGCUCAGCGGGAAGUACUCACCUGCCUGGGAGAGGCUGCCUCAGAUGAUUGGAAAUGAGAGUCUGAGCAUAGGGCGAAUGGAAGUGUUGAACCAAAAGAUGCAGAUCUCUCAGAGGGACCUGUACGGCUCUGGGAGAGGUGGCAUCGGCGUGCACGUGUUUUUACGUGUUCACUGGAGACCUUGUCUGCACAGGACCCAGGGCCAGCUGUGACACCCCUCCCGGGAGCAGGGUAGGAUUGGGGUCAGGCGAGGCCAGCAGGGGGGAGGAGGGCUGAGGCUUUCGUGCUCCCACACGCCCCCUGGUGGUGAGUGUGCAGAAGACCUCGCCUCCGACCACACGGAUGUGUGGUGUUUUUGUUAAGAGGAGAAAGGGAUGCAGAGGGAUAAGCUGGGACGCUGGCGAGGAGCCAGUACGUGACGACCGCUGUCCUGGGCGCACGAGCCCGGAGUCAGGUAGUCCUCAGGAGGGAGGACGAGAAGUCUGAUGUUUGGACUGUGUUUGUCUCACAGUCACCACAAAAUAAAAGUGUAGAAAAUGUUUGUGGUGUACUAACUCUUUUCUGUGCUUAAGUUACUCAGAUUAACAUGGACUUAUAAUUAAAUUCUAAACAUCUUUUUGGAGUCAUCACUGUUGCUUUUUAAGUAGAAUGAUACCAAUUAUGUAUGAGAAACAGGGAAUAAAUCAGGAUUUCUGUGUG